AUGGACGUCGCAGUGGCAUUCACAAUGGACAGGGCAAAGAACGUGUUGCUGUCAAAGAAGGACGAAGCUCACAGCACUCAGGAUAAAGACCAGGAGCCACAGCUCGGUCCAGGUUCCCCAGAUUUUCCUUGCUUUCAGUGGAGACACGGUGCAGCAUUAUCCGAGCGGGAUGCCGCAUUUGUCUCCCCGGCUGCCCCGUCUCGAGGCUGGUGUGCUCUUUUCCCCUCUACCCCAUUGCCUCAUUGCCAACACGGCCCGCAUAAAGACGACUGCACCGCGCCACUCAUCAUGGCCGAGAAACGCAUCCAGCUUUCUCUCGAACUCAAGACUACAACCUCCCACGCCUUCGAGAAGGUUACGUUCCACGACACCGGCAAGACUAAGCUCGUUGAACGACCCAACGCUAGUUCUGGCACGGCUUCCAUAUCGUUGACUACCAAGCCCUACGAGUACCGCGCGGACCGCACAAUCGACGGCAAAGCGCUAGCCUCUCGCUCAUCCCUCUCUAAAUUCCAAAAGAAAAACACAACCUACGACACGAGCCAGCUCUAG